AGCCGCUAGCGUGCGGCGCCUGUCCCCGCCGUUCCCGCAUCGUGCACGGGUUCUCCGCGGGCCGAGCCUCCUCGGCUACGGUCCAGGUUUUCUUUAUUUUCAUUUUUUGCAUGCAUUCAUUUUCUGUUCUAUCUUGUCCCUUUUAAGGCAGCGGUGACUGGGACAGCAGCGUAGGCGCGCGCGGGGAGGAGGCGGCUGGAGAAUGCGGCUCCCGGCUGCUGCCCGGUUUGGGUCGGAGCGUCAAGCAGACUCUCCAGUGAUGGUGUGCACAGAGGACGAGCGGAGGCCUGCACGACUGCUUAGCACAGCUGAGCUGGUAGCUGUGCUUGCCGGUGGGCAGGCGUGAACCUCAGGACCUCAGCGUCUCACUCCAAGAGGAAACAUGUCUAAAAAGGGCCGCAGCAAGGGUGAGAAGCCCGAGACAGAGACAGACUCUGUACAGAUGGCCAAUGAAGAGCUACGGGCCAAGCUGACGAACAUCCAGAUCGAGUUCCAGCAGGAGAAGAGCAAGGUGGGGAAGCUGCGGGAGCGUCUGCAGGAGGCCAAGCUGGAACGGGAGCAGGAGCAGCGUCGCCACACGGCCUACAUCUCAGAACUCAAGGCCAAGCUGCACGAAGAGAAGACGAAGGAACUGCAGGCGCUGCGCGAGGCGCUCAUCCGGCAGCACGAGCAGGAGGCAGCGCGGACCGCCAAGAUCAAGGAAGGCGAGCUGCAGCGACUGCAGGCCACGCUGAAUGUGCUGCGCGAUGGCGCCGCGGACAAAGUCAAGACUGCAUUGCUGGCCGACGCGCGCGAGGAGGCGCGCAGGACCUUUGAUGGCGAGCGCCAGAGGCUGCAGCAGGAGAUUCUGGAACUGAAGGCUGCGCGCAAACAGGCAGAAGAGGCACUCAGCAACUGCAUGCAGGCAGACAAGGCCAAAGCCGCGGACCUGCGCGCUGCGUACCAGGCGCACCAGGAUGAGGUGCACCGCAUCAAGCGGGAGUGUGAACGUGACAUCCGCAGACUGAUGGACGAGAUCAAAGGAAAGGAACGCGUGAUCCUGGCCCUGGAGAAGGAGCUUGGUGUGCAGGCCGGGCAGACCCAGCGGCUGCUAUUACAGAAGGAGGCUCUGGAUGAGCAGCUGGUCCAGGUCAAGGAGGCCGAACGCCACCACAGCAGCCCAAAGAGGGAGCUUCCUCCAGGCAUUGGUGACAUGGCUGAGCUUAUGGGUGGCCAGGAUCAGCAUAUGGACGAGCGAGAUGUGAGGCGAUUUCAGCUGAAGAUUGCCGAACUGAAUUCAGUGAUUCGGAAGCUGGAGGACAGGAACACCCUGCUGGCUGAUGAGAGGAACGAACUGCUGAAGCGCUCUCGGGAGACGGAGGUGCAGCUGAAGCCGCUGGUGGAGAAGAACAAACGCAUGAAUAAAAAGAACGAGGAUCUGCUGCACAGCAUCCAAAGGAUGGAGGAGAAACUCAAGAGCCUCACGAGGGAAAACGUGGAGAUGAAAGAAAAGCUGUCUGCCCAGGCCUCACUAAAGCGACACACAUCCCUGAAUGACCUCAGUCUGACCAGGGACGAGCAGGAGAUAGAGUUCCUGAGGCUGCAGGUGCUGGAACAGCAGCAUGUCAUUGAUGACCUCUCUCUGGAAAGAGAACGCCUGCUGCGCUCCAAGAGGCAUCGAGGGAAGAGCCUGAAACCCCCCAAGAAGCAUGUUGUGGAGACAUUUUUUGGAUUUGAUGAGGAGUCUGUGGACUCUGAAACAUUGUCAGAGACGUCCUACAACACAGACAGGACAGACCGGACCCCAGCCACGCCUGAAGAGGACUUAGAUGAGACCACAACCAGAGAAGAGGCUGACCUGAGGUUCUGCCAGCUGACCAGGGAGUACCAGGCUCUGCAGAGGGCUUAUGCCCUGCUUCAGGAGCAGGUUGGGGGGACGCUGGAUGCUGAGAGGGAGGCUCGGACUCGGGAGCAACUUCAGGCUGACCUGCUGAGAUGCCAGGCCAAAAUUGAGGACUUAGAGAAGCUGCUGGUUGAGAAGGGACAGGAUGCUGCGUGGGUAGAGGAGAAGCAGGUACUCAUGAGGACAAACCAGGACCUGCUGGAGAAGAUUUACAGGCUGGAGAUGGAGGAGAACCAGCUAAAGAGUGAAAUGCAAGACGCCAAGGACCAGAACGAGCUGUUAGAAUUCAGAGUGCUAGAACUCGAAGAGAGAGAGCGGAGGUCGCCAGCCUUUAACCUCCAAAUCACCACCUUCCCCGAGAACAACAGCAGCGCCCUCCAGCUGUUCUGUCACCAGGAAGGAGUAAAGGGUGUGAAUAUCUCUGAACUUAUGAAGAACUUAGAUAUCCUUGGCGAUAACGGGAAUUUGAGGAAUGAAGAGCAGGUUGCAGUAAUCCAAGCGGGAACUGUGCUUGCCCUGUGUGAAAAGUGGCUGAAGCAGAUAGAGGGAACGGAGGCAGCCCUCACGCAGAAGAUGAUGGACCUGGAGAAGGAGAAGGACCAGUUCAGCAGGCAGAAAGGAUACCUGGAGCAGGAACUGGACUACAGGAAAGAAGCCCUCGACCAGGCCUACCUGGUAGGACCGGAAAAAAUCCAGGACCUGGAGGCCACCUUGUACAAUGCACUGCAGCAGGAGCCGGGGCGGAGGGCCAGCGAGUCCCUGAGUGCCAGCCAGCGUGAGGACCUCCAGGCCGCUGUAGAGAAGGUGCGCAGACAGCUCCUGCGUCAAAGCCGGGAGUUCGACAGUCAGAUCCUGCGGGAGCGGAUGGAGCUGCUACAGCAGGCCCAGCAGAAAAUCCGGGAGAUGGAAGGCAAGCUGGAGCUGCAGAGGCGUCAGCUGAAGGAGCUAGAGGAAAAGUUUUUGUUCCUUUUUUUGUUUUUCUCACUAGCAUUCAUUCUGUGGCCUUGAAGACUCCCAUGCGCCGAGAACUCGGGCUAGACAACGAAUUUCUGGAAUCACCCGAGUCCCCGUGGUGCCCCAUCCUCACUCAAACCAAAAUCCAACAGUGCAACAAAGCUAUUCAAAAUCCGGAGCCUGAACACAGAACUUAUGCACAAUUGACAGUCACUUGAAGGGGAGGCCUGGGGACCUGGCCAGCCUCUGCUGUGGAAUUCUGCAGGACAAUGGCAAGCCUCCCCAGUAUCCCCACUGUGACGUCUCCAAGAGCCAAGGGCAAAGGUGGAUCUGGAUGGCAGAAAUUUAAGUGCAAUUAGUGGAAACCCAGGACAUGGGAGCUGCUGCCUUGGGGAAUAGGCACAGGCCCUGUGUCCAUGCUGUGUGUCUCCCUGAAGGCAUUACAUGUGCCUAGAUGGACUCAGACAGCCCCUCUGCCCUGUGUACAUAAAUCUCCAUGGACUGAGUGUGUUCUUCUGGAUUCUGUCUGUCAGAGUAACCAACGAAACCUCUGAGGCCAUGCACAGCUGGACUUGCAGCUGGUGACCAGCAAGGGAGAGUUAGAGUCGCCAACGUGGGGAACCCUGUGCAUUGUAGACUUCUGAGAAAAGCUGAAGGUUCUGACACUCACAUAGGUGUGACACUGCAUAAGUCCCAGAACAUGGCUGUGCCCCAGACCAGGGAAGAGCGAGGACUGAGAAAACAGACCUAAGCUAUCUGUUGUAAUGUGUAGGGGCAUCCUGAAAAGGGGCUCGGGCUGGUAGUGCAGUACCCAGAGGCUCUGAGUUCCGAGGUCUGAAGCCAUGGGCACCCUUUACCAUAGAAAGCCUUCACUUCCCAGGAUACUUGGUGGAGAGCAGAGUCUUCUCCUCGGGUGUUGGAGCCUCCCAGAGCACAGGGGGUAGCGCAGGGGUGGUGUACCCUAAGUUCACUGAGAACUAGAUGCUGGAAGUUGACUUCCAGAGGAAAUUUCCCAAGAAGUAAUUUUGGGAUGCUCCUGUCAAUCUGGAGCAGGUAGGGCACCUCCAAAAAGUAUCUGCCUAUGUGGCUAUACUCUUUCAAACUCGGGGUGGAGAGAAUGUUAGCCCUCAGGUUGACAGUGUGGAAAAGGAUGUGGAGGAGUCUGUGGUGAGUCGAGAGGGGACGUGGCAGCAGCAGCCACUUGAAGCCUCUUGCUGUGUAGUUACAGGACCAAGUGGGUAGCGCCAUGACUUCCUGGAAGCAAGCAGAAUGAUUAGAGUUCAGAUCAGGCCCAUUAAGGGAACUAUGGAGCAGGGACCUGACAUUGGAGGGAAGCCAGGUCCAAAGACAGAGAUGCAAAGACAGAGCUCUGAACAGAAGAGGGGCUGUCCAGACAGGAGGUCGUGCCAGCAGAUAUGACGUCUCCAGCUUGAAGCAAACACGGCAGGAUGGCUCAGAAGUGUUGACUCUCUGCUGAAUUCUGAGUUCCCCAACACCCAUGACCCACAAGCCCAGCCUCUGCGACUUACCAAUACCUAGUGGCUUAAUUAAAUCCCAAGGAACCUAUCCUUGA